CUGCCGAGAGAGAUCGUGUCCACAGUGUCUAUGUCUGCGGAUUUUCUCUUCCCCCUGCUUUGUCAACAACCGUUGUCAUCGGGCUUCAUGCAAAUUUCCCAUUCCCAUGACUCUUACCUGUCUUCUAGCGCUGGUGAGCAUCGAGAAUAUGGAUGCCUACUGCACAUUAUGCGCGAGCAUUUUGCAAGCUUCCGCGCCCAUCUUAGACGUGACUACAUGGUUUGAUUGUCAUACCAAGAUGCAGAUAUGAGGCGAGCUCCUACGGCAAAAUUCGACAGUAUAUAUACCUUGGAAGCGGGCAUUCAGGCGUCCUGCAGAAUGCUUCGGCGACACGGUCCAAUUCUCCACAUAUUGGCUUGGUUUGGCUUUCUAGUAUAUACCCGCAUGCUGUGCUACAGCUCCACUGGACUGGACAAAUGUCGAAGUCACGAGAGACAUCGGUGAUUGUUCUCACCCUCUUCGUCGCCCUAUCAACAUGCGUCGCAGCCGAGCCGCAACGGUUCAGCUCGUGGUGGCCGAGGUACCGGAACGCAAUCAACACGAUCAAAACCACGAAUUGCUCCGCGCAAUACGACGCAUACCUGACCGGAGACCAACCGGUCGGAAACCUGACCGCGAAUGACCCCGAGCUGGCGAUCUGGCAUGUCGACAGUGCAGUGACCCCGUUGACCAACUGCCUGCUGCGGGCCACGCCAGAGCUCUACAAAUCGAUGAUGGCCAGUGCACAGGUGGUGCUGGGUCUGAUGCCCACGCUGCUGGCCAGCAUCAGCCCCAGCGCCCACGAGACGGCCAUGCUCUUCGUCUUCGGCAACCGGCAGCUCCUCUCGUUUCUCCUCAUGGUCGCCUCACCCGCCAGCGCGGUGGACGCCUCCGGGAACCUCUACCAGCACGUCCAAGAUCUGAAAGGCUCCCACGAGUGGCUCUCCGCCGACUCCUCUUCCCUGUUGCUGCACCACAACCUCGCCAUCGUGGUGCUGGAGUUCCUCCUCGCUGCUGUAGCUGCGGGAAACGUGCUGGUCCUCGUCUACGAGAUUUGCAUGCGCGUCAUCUUCUCCUUCGCCCAGCAGUUACAAUGGAUGCCCGGACUGUGGGUUGCCGUGGGCGUGACCACCCACCUCUUGAUGACCGUCGCGCUCCGCACGCGUGUACAUAUUCGCGACUGUCGGACGAAUAAUGCCAGUCUCCUCACUCGAAUGCUUCGGUGGGUGCGAGCGCAGUUCACCGCGUCGGAUGGUAGCAGCGAGACGACUGAAGUCCAGCUGCGGGAUCGCACGGUGGGCAAUGUGUUGAUUUCCUGGUUGACGGGGCUACUCGCCGCGGCCAACACGCUUCUAGGGAUUCUGCAGUUCUCGAGCCUGCUCUUCAUCUCCCCGAAUGACGCUCUCUUUAUCGUGGUGCGGUUCGUAGCCUCGGCGGUGGUGUGCCGGAUCCUGGUCAAAUAUGAUUGUGCUUUGAAGUUGACAAAGGCUCUCCGUGAAAUUACGACAUGGUUGAUGAUUGAUAAAGUCUGUAUCCGCCCGCAUUUCCCGCCCUCGGAUAUGCCAGCCGGAUGCCCGACGGACUUUGCUUAA